AUGCGCUCCGUCACAUUGAAGGAUUGUGAACAAGACAAGGUGGUUAAGCACCUAGCUGCCCAUUUAAAGAAGAUGGGCAAGAUCAAGGUACCAGAACAUAUGGACCUUGUAAAAACUGCCCGUUUCAAGGAAUUGGCACCUUAUGAUCCUGACUGGUUUUAUGUACGCUGUGCUGCCAUCCUCCGUCACAUCUACAUCCGCUCCCCGGUUGGUGUAAAGACUGUUACAAAGAUCUUCGGUGGUCGCAAACGCAAUGGUGUCACUCCUUCACACUUCUGCAGGUCAUCAGGCAGCAUUGCCCGUAAAGCUCUCCAGGCUCUUGAGGCUUUGAAACUUGUUGAGAAAAUUCCAGAUGGUGGCAGAAUCGUCACUGUUCAAGGAAGACGUGAUUUGGACAGAAUUGGUGCACAAGUCCGUCUAAAGGCUAAACAGGCGGCCAAACAGAGUGUUAUUGUUCUGUAAUUUUAAAUUUAAUAAAAUACUUUAAAAUAAGCUAA